AUGUCGCACGAGUCCGUCUGGUACAGUCGCCCACGCACAUACGGCAAGGGCAGCCGUCAAUGCCGCGUUUGCGCUCACAAGGCCGGUCUUAUCCGCAAGUACGGUCUUUUGGUUUGCCGUCAGUGCUUCCGUGAGAAGUCCGCAGACAUUGGAUUCGUCAAGUACCGAUAA